UCCUCUUGGACAGUACAGCGUGACAGUUUCACAAGUCUCUCAGAAGCUCAUCAGUGUGAUGGAGGAGCCGGUGUGAAGCGGCUUCAACUUUUCUGCAUCUCGGUUAACUAGCGACAUUUUGUCACUAAAAGAAAUAUACUUUUCUUCUGGAUUACAAUUUAAGUGGCCUCGACAUGGGCUGUGUGGGGACCAAACCGGAGCAGGAUCCUGUUGGUAAAUCAAUGGGCAGCGAUGACAAUCGCAACCAGACAGCACAUUACACCAAAGACCCAACGACAGGCUCAAAAGCUAGCAGAAGCGCGUCCAACCCAGCUGCUGGGCCAGAGACUUCAGAGAACAUUGCCAUAGCUCUGUAUGACUAUGAAGCUAUGCAUGAAGGUGACCUGGGCUUCAAGAAAGGAGACAGACUCAAAAUCCUUGUGGAGUCAGGUGAAUGGUGGAAAGCAGCAUCUCUUAGCACUGGUCAGGAGGGCUUCAUCCCCAGUAACUAUGUUGCCAAGGAUACUCUGGAAACUGAAGAGUGGUUUUUUAAAGGUGUCAGCAGAAAGGAUGCAGAGAGACAGCUGCUGGCAUCUGGAAACAAAAUAGGAUCUUUUAUGAUCAGAGACAGUGAAACCACCCAGGGAAGCUACUCUCUGUCUGUCAGAGACUGCGACCGAACUGGAGACACUGUGAAGCAUUAUAAGAUCCGCACGCUGGAUAAUGGCGGUUUCUAUAUUUCUCCUCGUAACACCUUCAACACCCUGCAGGAUCUAGUCAGCCACUACAAGAAGCAAAGCGACGGGUUGUGCCAAUCUCUCACUGUUCCCUGUCUGAGUCCCAAACCUCAGAAACCUUGGGAAAAAGAUGCUUGGGAGAUCCCACGUGAGUCCCUCAAACUGGACAAACGUCUGGGAGCAGGCCAGUUUGGAGAGGUCUGGAUGGCAACAUACAACAAGCACACAAAAGUGGCCGUGAAGACUAUGAAGCCUGGCACUAUGUCUGUGGAAGCUUUCCUCAUGGAGGCCAACUUAAUGAAAUCCCUGCAGCACGACAAACUGGUCCGUCUCAACGCUGUGGUCACCAAAGAGGAGCCCAUAUACAUCAUUACAGAGUUCAUGGAGAAAGGCAGUUUACUGGACUUCAUUAAAAGCGAUGAAGGGAAUCGUGUCCAGCUGCCCAAACUGAUUGACUUCUCAGCACAGAUAGCAGAAGGCAUGGCUUACAUUGAGCAGAGAAACUACAUUCACAGAGACCUUCGUGCUGCCAACAUCCUGGUCAACAAGAGUUUAGUGUGUAAGAUUGCUGAUUUCGGACUGGCCCGUAUCAUAGAGGACAACGAAUACACUGCCAGAGAAGGUGCAAAGUUCCCCAUAAAAUGGACCGCUCCAGAGGCCAUAAACUAUGGUUCCUUCACCAUUAAAUCAGAUGUUUGGUCCUUUGGCAUUCUGCUGACUGAAAUCAUUAGCUAUGGGCGCACACCGUAUCCAGGUAUGACAAAUCCCGAGGUGAUCCGUGCUCUGGAGAGAGGUUACCGUAUGCAGCGUCUGGACUCCUGUCCUCAAGAGCUCUAUGACAUCAUGCUGGAGUGCUGGAAGAACAAGCCGGAGGACAGGCCCACCUUUGAGUACCUGCAGAGUAUACUGGAGGACUUUUACACUGCCACAGAGAGCCAGUAUCAGCAACAGCCUUGAGACACACACACACACACACACACUUAGACAUGACCUUGAUCUUGAUCAGGAAGAAAUGUACACAUAUGCCAUUUAUCCAUGCCAAACCUGUUGACUUUAUACAUAUGUAGUGGGAUUAAAUGUGAAAAGUUACAGUGUGUUAUUUAAUGAUAUGUAAAUGAAUACAAUUCUAAAAUCUCAGUAAUAGCAGUUUUAUUCCUAUCAUGCAGAGCCCUUUGCCUUACACUGAGUGUUGCACAACAGUAGUUAUAUAAAGUUUUAAUAUAAAAUUUUAAUAUAAAAUAUGAGAAAUAAUAAUCUUUUUUCAUGUUAUAGCUUUUCUGAUUUAUUUGUAAAAACCUGAUGAUGACGGAUGUAUUUUAGAGCUAAUCAUAUGUGUGUGUAUUUUAAUUGAGAGUACACAUAGAGCAAUAAAAUUAAUUGUAGCUCUGAUUGCAUUAAGUGGUCCUAUUAUGCUCCUUUACAAAGUCUUGAUUUUGUUUUGGUGGUGUAUUAGAACAGGCUCUCAUACGAGGUUGUUCGAAAAACACAUAAUUUUUUUCAUAUAUUUAAUACUCGGUGCCUUCUCUAGUGCAUCUCAACCAGGUCUUGUCCCAUUUGUCGAUAUUUGUGAUUUCAGAAAUCCCCGAAAAUAUUUGUUGCAGUCCAAAUAUAUAGAUUGUAGAUUUUUGAAACGUGAUUUCUGUUAAAUAAAAUAUAUCCUUUUGAAGUGGACUUUGAGCUUUGUAGCUCUGCAGAUCUUUUUCACGCUCAAACAGCAACAUUACAGACUAACUAAAGUUGAAAAAGUGAAACAUAAUAGGACCCCUUUAAGAAAAGAUCAUUUCUAAAACUUCAACCUACAUUAGGUUUCAAAGAAGUUAUUGUGGAUUAGGAAAUGUAUAUGCAUGUAUUUGCUCAGAAAAAAAUAAAAUAAAAUAAAAAUUAAACCAUUGCUCCAAACAUUUCAGAAAAAAAAAGCAUCUGUACCUAAGGUAGUUAUGAAUAUUUCUCUUUGAGUCUCUGUGUAUUGUUGUUUUAUGAAUUUGUAAGUUUAUGCUUCCCUUUUUCAGAUUUCCGGGUACUUUUCAAAGCGUGAAGCAAUUUCUCAUUUGAUAUGUAUCUUUCUUGUACAUCUUCUGUUUUGUAUAUAUGUUUGGAAUUUUGUGCAAUAAUAGUAAAUAGUAAAUGACUUA